AUGUGUGGUUUAGCAGCAAUAUUUGGAAAGGCAGAUGGCGAUGCGUUGGAGCAAAUGCUGGACUCUAUCGUGCACCGUGGGAAGGACGAGCGUGGAAUCUACAUUGCGAGCGACGCCUCACUUGGUAUCCAACGCCUGAGUAUUAUGGGUAUCGAAGAUGGCUCUCAGCCUAUGACUCGUCCGUCGUCUGGCCUGAGCAUCGCAAUUUUGGACGUUUACGAGAAGCUCGGGCUUGAAGGUCUGCCUCUACUGGAUGGUAUUUUUGCUUUCGUCAUUUUCGACGAACAACGAAACGAGUGGGCAGCUGCCAGGGACUGUCACGGCGUGAAGCCAUUGUACUACCUCCAGACCGAAGAUACGUGGUAUCUUGCUUCCGAGAUCAAAGCCCUGACGACGACUCGGCAAGACGAAAGACUCAUUCGCGAAGUGCCUCCUGGUCACUAUCUCACUCGUAAAGAGCUACAGCGAUAUAACUUGGACUUCAGAGGCCCCAUGUCGGCGCCUCAACCCGCACUUUUACGCUCUCUCCUACAGGCGUCUGUCGAAAAGCAACUACAAGCCGAUCCAGGCCCGACGUCACAGGAUUCACCAUCGGGUCCGAUCACUCUCCUGACAUUGCUGCGGCCCGGCUGGUCGCAAAGCAUUUCGGCAUCCGUCUUAGAAUGUGGCCUGGAUGUCCACGAUCUUCAGCAGGAGAUUAUGGAGGCUGUCCGAGUUACGGAGUCCUACCGCGUCCCGACCGUCCUUCAGGGUCUGCUGACCAUGAAGCUGGCAAAAGCAGCAGCAGAAGAAGGCGUCAAAUUUAUCCUUUCGGGCGAAGGAGCGGAUGAGCUGUUCGCUGGCUACGGCUUCUUGCGUGAGAUUGAUGCUGUCUCGUUGCACAAAGCUCGACGAACGUUGUUGGCCAAUAUUGGAAAGACAGAGUGUAAGCGACUCGAUCGCGGAACCAUGGCAUAUUCUGUGGAGGCACGGGUGCCAUUUCUGGACGACCAUCUCGUCCAGUGGGCACUUGCACUCCCAGCAGACUGUCUCAUUCACCGUACAGAACAUGGACUGGUUGAGAGAUGGAUUCUUCGGGAGGCUUUCAAGGACCUUUUGCCAAGCUUUAUCACACAGCGGACGAAGCUUGCCUUCUAUCAUGGCAGCGGGAUCAUGCCAAUAGCCAAUCAAGCUAGUCAGUCAAUAGAUGAUGCUGCUUUCGAAAGCUACAAGCGAGAGCAUCCCAAUGCUCACAUUGAGGAUAAGAUCUCAAUGCUUCUACACAAUCACUGGCGGCACGAGUUUGGGGACGCUGGAGGUUUAGCCGGGUAUGACAUGUUCUGCUAUUAUCCGUUGAUGCAGGGCUUCUUCAAUCAGUCUCGGCUUACAACAGGGGGGACAGGGGAGAGUGAGGCUGAGGUCAAGGCUCUGGAUGAGACUCUCAAUCAGCUGUAA